ACGCCCAUUGCCGUAGCGCCUGUCGUGCCGGAGCACUGAGCGGUGUGAGGCGGUUUGUACACCGGGGUGUUGUUCCCCCCGUCAGUUCAGUUUGAAGUUGGGAAAAACAGCGGAAAUACUGUACUUCCUGCGAAAAUCAGUUUUCCCGAAAACCAAUUGAAAGUUAGCCUUGCCAGCUUAGCGGGGGAAAGCGAAAAAAUGUUUUUCCUAGAAGACUUUCUGCAAGUCUCCACCGUGGCGCUGUCUCUGGCUGUGGCGAUAGUGAUUUCUGUGGUUUAUGUCUUCAUGGGGUCGACACCCGAGUCUGUCAAGACACCUCCGGGACCCCCAGCCCUGCCGCUCCUAGGAAACCUGCUCUCGCUGGAUCUGAAGAGGCUGGAUCUGUCUCUUUGGGAAUUGUCUAAGACAUAUGGCAGUGUCUUCACUGUGCACCUCGGCCCCAUGAGAGUAGUGGUCCUGGCUGGUUACAAGACAGUGAAGGAGGCGCUUGUUGACUACCCUGAGGAGUUUGGGAGCAGACUCAUCACACCGAUAUUUCAUGAUAUCAGUAAAGGACACGGUAUCAUUUUUGCAAACGGGGACUCGUGGAAGGAGAUGAGGAGGUUUGCUCUGUCUAAUCUGCGGGACUUUGGAAUGGGAAGGAAAGGGAGUGAGGAAAAGAUCAUCGAGGAAAUCCAGUACCUCAUUGAAGUGUUUGAAGCACAUGGAGGAAAACCAUUUGACACCAAGGAACCUGUAAACUGUGCUGUUUCCAACAUUAUAUCCUCCAUAGUGUAUGGAGACAGGUUUGAUUAUGCCGAUCCUGUCUUCCAGGCUAUGGUGAAUAGAUUUACUCAGAAUAUCAAAUUCAGUGGAUCUCCUGCUAUCCAGCUCUACAACAUCUUCCCCUUCCUUGGGUGUUUACUGAAAGCUAGGAAGAAACUUCUGAUGAACAUUACAGAGAACAUUGCCAGUAUAAAACAACUCGUGGGGCAGCUGCAGCAGACCUUACAGGAGCACGAUAAGAGGGGAAUUGUGGAUGCGUUCUUGAUCAAGCAGCAGGAGGUUUCAGGACAGAGAGACUCCCAUUUCCAUGAGGAUAAUCUGACACAAACGGUUUCAAACCUGUUUGCUGCUGGGACUGACACAACAGCCACCACACUCCGCUGGGGGCUGCUGCUGAUGGCUUCAUAUCCCCACAUCCAAAAAAAGGUUCAGGAGGAAAUUGAGAAGGUUGUCGGCACAAAGCAGCCGAGGGCUGAACAUCGGAGAAGCAUGCCCUACACCGAUGCUGUGAUACAUGAAAUCCAGCGCCUGGCAAAUAUCGUUCCACUGAACCUUCCUCACAUGACAGCGGCAGAUGUUCACUUCCAGGGCUACUUCAUCAAAAAGGGGACCCCUGUCUUUCCUCUGCUGACCACAGUGCUCCAGGAUGAGACCCAGUGGGAGACGCCUCAUCAGUUCAACCCUGCUCACUUCCUGGACCCUGAGGGCCAGUUUGUGAAGAAGGACGCCUUCAUGGCUUUUUCUGCAGGACGCAGGGCUUGUCUCGGAGAGAGCCUGGCCAGGAUGGAGCUGUUCCUGUUCUUCACCUCGCUGUUGCAGAAGUUCACCUUCUCUCCCCCUCCAGGAGUGCAGGAGUCUGAACUGGACCUCACUCCUGUUUUGGGCAUCACUAUGAACCCACAGCCUCACCAGCUGUGUGCUGUGAGACGGGAGUAGGGCACCAGCUGUGUGCUCUGAGACCGGGUUAGGGCACCAGAUAUUCUAGUUAAGCUCACACAAAAAAAGGCUUCUGAGCCUAGUUAAGAAACUACUACUAACCCAUCCCUUAAUUUACAAAAAUAAAUCAACAUGAGAUAGUCUACGAUUAGAGCAAAUUCAUCUGACAAGCCUCUGUAAAAUGUACCAUCCUCGUGAUCUAGAUCUGUUUGAGUGUUAAUGACUGUUACAUAUUUUAUAGUAUUUGAUUCAAUUUGUACACAUUGUCUUAUUGCCUUAUUAUGCAAAAAUGCAUCAUUCUAAAAAACUCAUGAGUGCAUGCUCCUCGCGGAAUCCCUCUAUCUUGUCUCGUCGUGCCUGUGAAGGGCUGAUCCACUCAGUCUGCUGAAAGAUGAGCCUCUCCUCUUGUUGCUGGUCUUGUUUUAUUAUACCGAGGGGAUAGAACCCUCCCCCUGAGUUCUGGUUGAGUUUGAGAGGCUGGUGCUGUUCUCUAAAAAGACGAUUCCAGCCCUUAUUGAGUUACAGAUUGUUGAUUUUCUGCACAGUUUCUCAGUUAUUUAACUUGCUAUUGCUUUCAUUGCCAUUUGUACCGGAACUAAACUGUCACUAAGAAACAGUGUCCAAUACGAUAUCCAACAGGACAGUGCAGCUGAAAAAGUUCCCAGAGAGCAUGUUUAUGUGGCUCUCUGGGAAUAUCCAUCCAUUUGAUCACCAGUGUGAUUUUUUUAGUAUAAAGGGACGCUGGACAUCAGCAGAUCUGCUUCUAGAAAAACCUUGCAUUGUACAAAAUCUAGAAAGCCUGACCUAUAGUAUUUACUGUAUGAAACAAACUGUGUACUGUAAAAUGGAAUUCUGCUGCAAUCUAAUGUAUGGUACUAUUGCACUAACCUGGAGAACUGUACGGUUUUUAAUUAAAACUGUUUUCCGCAAAUUAUGAACUUGUUAAUUUCCUAAUGAACAUUAAAUAAAUGAGAAGCAGUUUCCCACAGGGCAGGAUGGCUAGACAUAAGGGGUAAAAUUAAGUAAAUAUUUAUCCAGUUUUUAUUAACUGUUUUUUUCAAACAAGUGCCCAUUUUUCCCAUGUUGAGGGCGUAGCCUGGAUAAAAAUUUAUAGUAAACACGUUUCUCAUUUCUCAACUGCAGGUGUGUUUCAGGAUUUUGUUGUGUUCAUGGUGCGACAAAGUAGGACAAGGAGAUAGAGGAGGUAUAGCACACCCAGUUUUAAUAGUUUUGUAACUUUUGAACAUGUUUGUAGGCCAACAUUGUGAUCCUUUGGGUACAGUUUUGUAGGUUAAACCACUCAAACUGAAGACUGCCUAAAAUUAUAUAUUUUUUUUAAUUUGAAAAAUAACAUUUAGGAUUUACUAAAUGUACUGUGACUGCUGGUUUUGUGAACAUGGGGGAUGCCUACUCACUAUUGCCUGUUGAGCAGUUGCCUUGAACACCUGAUCCUCUCGAGUGAAACUAACUCUUACAGUAUGUUCCGGUAAUACUGGUCUGGUAAGUGUGAUACUGAGGCACUAUGUGUACCGUAAAUAUAAUGACCUUUAAGUUAACCUUUAGUUUUAAGUGGAACAGGACAGAAAAAAAGAGGACAAGCCGAAGACUGUGAUCAGCUCGAUUUUCUGAAAACCCAUUAAAAAUGUCUCGUGUGUGAUAUUGCUCCUGGCUGCUGUGAUGGUGAUUUCUGUGGUUUGUCUUCAUGGGGUCGAUACCCGAGUCUGUCAAGACACGUCUGGUCUGCCCUGCUGCUCCUAGGAAGCCUGCUCUUGCUGGAUCUGUCUCUUGUGGAGGAGGAUAUGAAGACUGUCAUCUAGCGUCACCGGCUACCUGGGUAACGAUUUGAUUGGUUGCUCAGUUCCUUACGUCUGGCCAAUAGGAAUUGAACAGGUGCCUCCUCUUGUUGACCAAUAGAAACCUCUCCUCAGUUUAUAAACAACUGACCAAUAGGAGCUACAGGUUUUCACGUGGAGCCGAGAAAAAAAGCAACCUGCGUCAGUCUGUAGCCACGCCCACCCGCAUGACAUCUCUCGCAGGCCACGCCCCGCGCACCUGUGCGCCAGGUUCUGCUGGAGAGAGCGGAGCUGAUUUUGUGUCUUUGGGAAGGACAUGCUUGGCUCAGCUGCUGCAAUUAUCCAAUUUGGUGUCUGCGGGCAGGACAUGUUUGGCUCAGCUACUGGAAUUACCGAUGAAGCGCACGAAGUUCCAGUCUUCAUUCCAGUCGCUGCCUCGACUGAUAACUCGGAGAAACAGUAACGUGCUGUGUGUUUCUGUAUUUUUUCUUGUAGUUGCAUGCAAAUGUUUCUUACUCUGUUGACUUGUAACAGUAUUUAGCGUUAAUGUUGCCGUGCUUUGACACUUUGUAAUUGAAAUGCAUGUUGAUUUUCACUUUGAAGCCUGUGCAUCCGACGUAUUGUAAUGCUUUGUUUUGUAUGCCAUUUUCGCUCAAUAAAUUGUUGAUUGAACCUUGA